UGUCAUGGGUAACUUGCCAAGAAGCAUGAUUAAGGGAGAAAGAGAGAGAGCGCGAGAAAGAGAACAACCACAAAAGAGGGAGUGGCAUCGGAGUCCAGAACCACAGCAAUGGAUGCCGUACAAGUUGCAAACACUGCUUUUGCAGUUGAUGUAUUCAAAAAAUUAGCUGAAAAGGACAAAACUGCUAAUAUUAUUUUUGCUCCACUUUGCACUUCAACUUCUCUGGCUCUUGCAUACAAAGCUGCCAAAGGUGAUACAGCAGACCAAAUGAAACAGGCCCUUCAUUUAGAAAAUGUCAAAGACGUUCCCUUCGGAUUCCAAACAAUAACAACUGAUGUGUCCAAGCUUAGCUCUUUUUAUUCACUGAAACUGGUCAAACGGUUGUUUGUAGAAAAGUCUCUGAACCCUAAUACGGAAUUUGUCAGCUCUGUCAAACGACCCUUCCCAGCGGAAUUUGAACAAGUAGAUUUUAAAGACAAAAUGGAAGACACCAGGUUGCAAAUCAACAAAUCCGUUUCUGAUCUUACGGAUGGUAAAAUGGAGAACAUUUUGAUCGAGGGGAGUGUCAAUGACCAAACAAAGAUCCUUCUCAUCAAUGCAGCCUAUUUUAUAACUAAUUGGAUGAAGAAAUUUCCCGAGGGACAAACUAAGGAAUGUCCUUUUAGAAUAAACAAGACUGAAACCAAGCCAGUGCAGAUGAUGAACCUGGAAGCAACAUUUUGCCUAGGCUACAUAAAUGAUUUAAAAGUCAAGUCUCUGGAACUUCCUUGUUUUAACAAGCACAUAAGCAUGCUCAUCUUACUGCCUAAGGAUAUAGAGGAUGACACCACUGGGCUGGAACAGCUCGAGAAGGAGCUCACGGCUGAGAAGCUAGUGCAAUGGACCAAUCCAAGUGUGAUGGCAAACACAAAAGUGAAUGUGUUUCUUCCCAAAUUUAAAGUGGAAGGAGAAUAUGAUUUCAAGCCUAUUUUGGAAAGCCUUGGCAUGACCCAUAUGUUUGACGAAAGUGCAUCAGAUUUCUCUGAGAUGUCAGAAUCCAAAGGGGUAAUUUUGUCACAAGUCAUUCACAAAGUCUGCUUGGAAGUAGCUGAAGACGGGGCAGAUGCCCGUGAUGUACCUGGAUACCGGAUCCUGCAACACAAGGAUGAAUUCAAAGCUGAUCAUCCAUUUCUUUACUUCUUUAAGCACAACAAAACUCGCAGUAUUGUUUUUGCUGGCAGAUUCUGUUCUCCUUAACAGGAAUCAUUAAGAAAAUUCUGAUCUGUAUUAUCUGUUACUAAUGUUUCUCUGUAGAAGAAACCAAAGUAUUAAAUACUUGAAAGGAAAUAUAAGCAGUUUCAUAUGCCAAGCAGGGUAUACGAUUUACUUUUUGAAUGAUGUCAUUCCUCAAAUUAAAUUUGCCAAAAUACAAAUUUCAUAUGCAUCAUUAAACCUGUACAUAGUUUUUUUUACUAUGUCUCCAAAAUAAUGCAGUUCAUGUCUUAUCCAUGAUUAUUGAUUUAAUUUGAAAUUUUGGCUUCAUUAGGGCAAUGCUCACAGCUAUUUCCUCAGACCUUAAAAACCUAUGGAGCUAUAAUACUGAAUGUUACUGAAAUAACAAAAACCCUCAAAUCUGUGUAGCCUUUGUUAGAUGCUGUUUCUGGCACUGGGAAAAGAG